GGAAGAAAGCCAUUCCUGCCACUUUAAUCUCGUGAUCCUUAGCUGUGCAGCACUGGAAACUGCAGCGGGAUCUAGCAAAAUAUGGCUGCCGAGGACCCCGCCACGCCACGAGUCCAGGUGGCAGAACAGCCCAGGUGGGGGAGAGGCGUGGCCUGGGAUCCCGGGGCUGGAGAGAUUGCUGAAGCUAAAAGAGAUGUUUAACUCUAAGUUUGGGUCCACACCCAAGUUUUAUGUUCGAGCCCCAGGAAGAGUCAACAUUAUAGGUGAGCACAUAGAUUACUGUGGAUAUUCCGUUAUUCCCAUGGCUGUGGAACAAGACAUGCUAAUAGCCGUGGAACCUGUGAAAACACACACUCUUCAACUGGCCAAUACAGACCCUUUGUAUCCAGACUUUAGUACUACAGCUAAUAACAUCUGUAUCGACAAGACCAAACCUCUAUGGCACAACUACUUCCUAUGUGGAUUUAAGGGAAUUCAGGAACACUUUGGCCUUAGUAAGCUGCCUGGAAUGAAUUGCCUCGUAGAUGGAAAUAUACCCCCGAGUUCGGGCCUCUCCAGCUCUAGUGCUCUGGUUUGCUGUGCUGGGUUAGUGACUCUCACAGUGCUAGGAUUGAAACUAUCCAAGGUGGAACUUGCAGAAAUCUGUGCCAAGAGUGAGCGUUACAUAGGCACCGAAGGUGGAGGCAUGGACCAGUCCAUAUCAUUUCUUGCAGAGGAAGGAACUGCCAAGUUAAUAGAAUUUAGUCCUCUGAGAGCGACUGAUGUGAAGCUCCCCAGUGGGGCAGUCUUUGUGAUUGCCAACAGCUGCGUGGAAAUGAACAAGGCAGCCACUUCUCAUUUCAAUGUCAGGGUGAUGGAGUGUCGGCUGGCGGCAAAGGUCCUUGCUAAACACAAAGGCUUGCAAUGGGAUAAUGUCCUGCGGCUAGAGGAAGUGCAAAGCAAGCUAGGGAUUAGUCUGGAAGAGAUGCUGUUGGUCACAGAGGAUGCCCUUCAUGCUGAACCCUACAGCCAGGAGGAGAUCUGCAGGUGCCUGGGAAUUAGCCUGGAGGAACUCCACACCCAAAUCCUGAGUCCAAAUACUCAAGAUGAACUCACCUUCAAGCUCUACCAGCGGGCCAAACACGUGUACAGUGAGGCUGCACGCGUGCUGCAGUUUAAGCAGGUGUGCGAAGAAGCACCAGACAAUGCAGUCCAGCUGCUGGGUGAGCUAAUGAACCAGAGCCACCGAAGCUGCCGGGACAUGUAUGAGUGCAGCUGCCCUGAGUUGGACCAGCUAGUGGACAUCUGCCGGAAGUUUGGGGCCAAAGGCUCACGACUUACUGGAGCAGGAUGGGGAGGCUGCACUGUAUCCCUCGUGCCCACUGACAUACUCUCCAGCUUUCUCGCAAGCGUGCAUGAAGCUUAUUACCAGGGGAACACGUCCCGCCUAGCUCGGGAGAAGCAUAGCUUAUUUGCUACCAAGCCUGGAGGCGGGGCUUUGGUUUUCCUUGAAGCCUAAAUGAUGUUCAACAUCCCAGAAAAACUAUUUUGGGCAUUCAAGAGCUGGUGGGACUUCCUGUGCCACAGUAAAUCAGUUCCUUUUCUAUUUUGUGUUGUGAGGUACAGUUGUUAUUAUCAAGAUGCAUUUCCAAAGAAAUGGUGAAAGCUAGGCUUCAUAAUGACUACUUUUCCUUCUUACAUGUAUUUUUAUGAAUCAGAGCCAAGGAUAUUGUUAGAUAGAUCUUUGAAGUAUGAUUAAGAUUUAUUGAUGUGAAGAUUUUAAAGAUGAACAGCAAAAUGUACUUUUAAUUGAACACUCCACUCCAAUUAAACUGAUACAGCUGAACUGUGUAUUGUUCUUGAAGGGCGGUCACUGCUGGCUUCCCUUAGCCCUCUUCCAUAAUCGUUGAAGUCUUCUGAUAUGGUAGGUAAUGACAACGAUGAAUAUGGUGACUGCGGUGACUGUGGCGACUCUGAUGGUGAUGUUGAUCCUCCAUAUUCCUCCUUGAGUUUAGCCUCAACACGCUAGGAACAAAGUGCAGGGUUAAGGGUUUGCAAAUAUUAGACACUCACAGUAUACUUGAAUGUCAGAUUUCUACAUCUCUGAAGAUGGUGAAGAUCACUUUGGGAGGAGGAGCCAAAAGAUAGAUUUCAGAAGACAAUUUUGAAUUGACUUUUUUCCUACUAGCACUACAUGUCCAAUGCCAUUCCACCUGACAACCCCACCCAUACCUCACAUCCCUCUUGUGGCUGCCUGGCAAGGCUUGUUUGUGUAACUUAGUCCUCUGUAGGGCAGAUGUGCAGUAUACAGGUUUGAGUGACUAAUCAGAAGCCUGAAGUGUGAACUGUCAGUGAUGGAGUAAGGGCACAAGUGUCUGGUCAUGUGGUGACAGGCCAAUGCCAGACUUCCAGAAGCCCUUUCUAAGUUGCAUGGCAGGAUAGGGAGAUGAAAGAGGGUUUUACUAAAAGACUCAGGUGACAGAGGUAGCUUGUAUUGUGGUUGGGAAUCACCACGGCUUUUGUUUCUUAUGACUGUGUCGUCCCAUUAAGAGGCAUUCAGAGGCUAAGUUUCUUCAUCUGCCUGUUUCCAAAAGGCAUAGGCACACAAUAGUAUUUCUUAAAGGACAAGUCCCUGGGAAACCAAGAUCCAUCCUAAAACUAACUCCUGACACAUUUCCUUCUAAAUACCUGAGCAACAUUGUAUCAAAUUAGUUAAAAAAGUUUUUUGAGUUUUCUUAAGCACAGUAAUCUAAGAUCUGAAUUUAUUUAACUUUAUGAUCCUGCAUAUUUUUUAAUGGCCUGUAUUCCCCACGACUAAUUUGUGGUUGGUUAGAAUUCUUAAGAAGAAGAGGAAGAGGAAGUGGAAGCAGAAGCGGAAAUGGAAGCAGAAGCAGAAGCAGAAGCAGAAGCAGACGAUGACUUAGAUCAUGUGUCACUGCUCUGUUAGUCCAUUUGAUGAUUUUCACCAUGAAAUUCCUUCAUAGGAAGAUGAUAAAAAUGUUUAGUAAUUCUAAUAUUCAGUGUGAAUACCUCAGUCUUUCUAGAUGUUCACAGUGCACACCUCUAUGAGGACACAGUCAUUCAAAGUGUUCAGUAUGUACGCCUCUAUAGAGAACCUAGUCCUUCUAGGUGUUUUGUCUUUGGUGAGGUACAGACUCUACUGAAACUAUUCUACUCUAGUUUGGCUCCCUGUUUGUUAAGAUUGUUUCAAACCUGCCUUCAGUACCUUGUGUUCUAGAAGUUGUGAGACAUACCCAGAUCUUCUGAGAAGAGUAGGGGUGGGACCAAGGGCAUCGCUUCAUAAAUAACUGGACUUGGAAAGGCUGGCUAGACUCUGAAAGCUAGAGUAGACAGUGUAGACCAGCAAAGCUGAGUAUAGCCUGUGGAGGGCUCUGUGGGACUACAGGGUUUGCUUUAAAAUGCGUUGAGGAAUCUUGUCAGCUGCACUGGCUGGAUCAGGCAGCAUUCAGAUUAGGAAAACAGGCCACAUCUGGUCUGCAAAUGUAUUGUUUGGCUCAUUAGCACUUGAAAAUGUGGGCUCUAAGUCUGGAGAUUUUGUACAUGAGUCUGAAUUACUGAUGGAAGCCUGAGAGAAGACUGAUUCCCGCAGGGAACAAGGAAGGAGGGUGAAAGAACAACUGUAGUGUCGCAUGGUGAGGCGCUCCCUCUGCAAAAUGUGCUGCUGCUGCGGUUACAUGUGAUAAGAGCUCAUGGCACUAUUCAGUAGUAGGAAAUACUUCAAAAAAUUAGGAACAAGGAAUAAUGCUUCAAAAAAUAAAAGGACAAUGAUCCUAUGUGACUAAGAGAAACACUCAAGUGUUUCAUGACUUUCUAGCACCUUUCUGUGCAAGAAUCUUACUCGCCUCAUUUUUUGGUAUUAGACUGGUACCCAGUGGGAUUGCUCCGGAGUCUGGACUGCAGAGGGGAAAUCUCUCAUACUGGAUAUCUCUAUCCUUGGUCUCAGGUAGUAUACCCUGCUAAUUUCCUGUAUGCUGGUGUCUUCCCCUUCCCCUUUUGGAAAGCAUAAUCCUUCAGAUUUAACAGGGCUGUUCAGAAGGCUUGGAAAAGCAGAAAAAAUCCAGGGGAAAUGGGCAGAAAUGCUCCCACCCCUCCUUCCUCCUUCAAUCUGAGCUCUGUUUGGAGUCUUGUCACAGUCUUCAUUGUGUUUGGGUGAGUUGAGGGUGAGAGAUGUUCUUUUCACAUAGAUGUUCUUUUCAUGUAGCUUUUGUGAAUUAUUAAUAAAAAAUAAAAUACAACAUUAAGCACCAA